AACAGUGAAAAGAAGAGCUAAACUAAGUUAUCCCUGAUAAAAUAUGGGAUUUUUAGGCACCUAGAUCGCAGGAAAAAGAGCUAAUGGUAGAUUGCAGAUACUGGGCCUAAGUGGUGGAGUGCUAUUGCAUCAUGUUUUUUGUGCAGUUUUACCUGAACUUAAAAUGGAUAUUUAACUUUUUUCUUACAGGAUCCUUCAGUGCAGUGUGUGUGAUUUUCUGGAAGGCAAUAUUUAGCUUACAAAGCUGUCUCUUUAAAAAUGAUUUUCUUAUUGUAGGUUUUAGAAACAGUUAAGGUCUAGGUCUGAAACCAUCAGGCAUAGCUAUGCAUCUGUUUCAGUGCCUUACCUAUUAAAGACAAAACGUUUUGAACUGUUAUCUACCAUCUUUUCUAUAGUACAAAUAAAAUUAAUGGACUUUUUAACUGCUUUUUUCUUUUGCAAUAAUCAGGCACAGUUCUCUGAGGUGGGGUGAUAUAAAAUCAUGUGUGGUUCAUGAGAGUAUUACAUGUUCAUUUUUUUUCUCCUUUUCGGGCUUUUCUGGUUUUUGGCAUGAUGCUACGUAAUUAUUUCAAAAAUUUCCUUUUGGUCAAAUCCCAAAUCUGCCAGCUUGUUGUUGUAUCAUAUUUACUGGGGAAAAUGAGAUGCUUGCUUGAACACUUGCUUGGCUGAAGAAGAAAUAAAGGCAGAGCAGGAGGUAGUGGAAGGGAUGGAUAUCUCCACUCGAUCCAAAGAUCCUGGUUCUGCUGAACGUACAGCACAAAAAAGGAAGUUUCCGAGUCCUCCGCACUCUUCCAAUGGUCACUCUCCAGAAGACUCAUCAACAAGCCCUAUUAAAAAGAAAAAGAAACCUGGCUUAUUGAACAGUAAUAAUAAAGAGCAGUCAGAACUAAGACAUGGUCCGUUUUACUAUAUGAAGCAGCCACUCACCACAGACCCUGUUGAUGUUGUACCGCAGGAUGGACGAAAUGAUUUCUAUUGCUGGGUUUGUCAUCGGGAAGGCCAAGUCCUCUGCUGUGAACUCUGCCCUCGGGUUUAUCACGCUAAGUGUCUGAAACUGACAGCGGAGCCAGAGGGGGAUUGGUUUUGCCCAGAAUGUGAGAAAAUUACUGUAGCGGAAUGCAUAGAAACACAGAGUAAAGCUAUGACAAUGCUCACUAUUGAACAGCUAUCCUACUUGCUCAAGUUUGCACUACAGAAAAUGAAACAGCCAGGGACAGAGCCAUUUCAAAAGCCAGUUUCACUGGAUCAACAUCCAGAUUAUGCAGAAUACAUCUUUCACCCAAUGGAUCUUUGUACAUUAGAAAAGAAUGUUAAAAAGAAGAUGUAUGGUUGCACUGAAGCUUUUUUGGCUGAUGCCAAAUGGAUUUUGCACAACUGCAUUAUUUACAAUGGGGGAAAUCACAAAUUGACACAAACAGCAAAAGUCAUAAUCAAAAUCUGUGAGCAUGAGAUGAAUGAAAUUGAAGUAUGUCCAGAAUGUUAUUUAGCUGCUUGCCAAAAACGAGAGAAUUGGUUUUGUGAGCCUUGUAGCAAUCCACACCCGUUGGUCUGGGCUAAACUCAAGGGUUUCCCAUUCUGGCCUGCUAAAGCACUGAGGGAUAAAGACGGUCAAGUUGAUGCUCGUUUCUUUGGUCAACAUGACAGGGCCUGGGUUCCAGUAAAUAAUUGCUACCUCAUGUCUAAAGAAAUUCCUUUUUCCGUGAAAAAGACUAAAAGCAUAUUCAACAGUGCAAUGCAAGAAAUGGAGGUUUAUGUGGAGAAUAUCCGUAGAAAGUUUGGAGUAUUUAAUUAUGCACCUUUCCGGACACCGUAUACUCCCAACAACCAAUACCAAAUGUUGUUAGACCCUUCAAAUCCUGGUGCUGGAACUGCUAAGACUGACAAACAAGAGAAAAUCAAACUUAACUUUGAUAUGACAGCAUCACCCAAGAUUUUAAUGAGCAAACCGAUGCUAAGUAGCAGUACUGGGCGAAGGAUUUCCUUAACAGACAUGCCACGUUCCCCAAUGAGUACAAAUUCAUCUGUUCACACUGGAUCUGAUGUUGAACAGGAUGCAGAGAAAAAAGCAACCUCCAGUCACUUUAGUGCAAGUGAAGAGUCCAUGGACUUUACUGAUAAAAAUACAGCUUCUCCAGCACCAACAAGGACAGGCCAAGCAGGGAGUUUAUCUGGAAGCCCCAAACCUUUUUCUCCUCAAGCAUCAACACCCACUGCUACUAAGCAAGAAAGAACAUCUACUCCAGGAAGCAUUCUUAAUCUUAAUCUUGAUCGUAGUAAAGCUGAAAUGGAUCUGAAAGAGUUGAGUGAAUCAGUCCAGCAGCAAUCCACACCUGUGCCACUGAUUUCACCAAAACGGCAAAUUCGCAGCAGAUUCCAGCUUAAUCUUGACAAGACAAUAGAGAGUUGCAAAGCACAGCUAGGGAUCAAUGAAAUAUCUGAAGAUGUUGCAGUAGAACAUAGCGACUCAGAGGAUUCUGAAAAGUCAGACUCUAGUGAUAGCGAGUAUAUCAGUGAUGAAGAACAGAAAUCCAAGAAUGAUCAGGAAGAAGAAGAAAAGGAAGGUACAAGAAGUGACAAAGAAACCUUGGCCUUGAAAAAAAAAACCAAACCACCAACUCCAACUGAAGAAAAAGAAGAAAUUAAAAGUACAAGCUCAGAAGUGGAGAAAACAGAUACCCCAGUCAAAGACAAGGCAAAUGUAGACUCUGAUAAAGAACUUUCUGAAAAGGGAAAAAAUUUGUCACAUCCUACUACAAAGGAAAAACUGAAAGGUAAAGAUGAGACAGACUCUCCAACUGUACAUCUUGGUCUGGACUCUGAUUCGGAAAGUGAACUUGUUAUUGACCUGGGCGAAGACCAGUGUGGGCGUGAGGGACGAAAAAACAAAAAAGAACUCAAGGAAUCGCCUCCAAAGCUAGAAGCUGCAGCUAAAACCCCACCUCCUUCAAGUGUGAGCAGUCAGCCUCCAGCUGAAACUCAGGUGCUGACUAGAUCAGCAUCCCAAACUCCUCCAGCUGGUGUCACAGCUACCACAAGCACUACUUCUGCUGUCAGCACUCCAGCUGCAGCCACUGGAAGCCCAGUGAAAAAGCAGAGGCCGCUCCUACCAAAAGAAACUGCCCCAGCUGUCCAGCGGGUAGUGUGGAAUUCUUCAAACAAAUUUCAGACUUCUUCCCAGAAAUGGCACAUGCAGAAGGUGCAAAGGCAGCAGCAGCAGCAGCAACAGAGCCAGCAGCAACAACCUCAGUCCUCCCAAGGAACGAGAUACCAGACAAGACAGGCAGUGAAAGCUGUACAGCAAAAGGAAAUUACUCAGAGUACUUCAACGUCGACCAUCACCUUGGUUACGAGCACCCAACCUGUUUCUAUAGUAACCAGUUCUGGAUCAGCAAGUACACUUUCAUCUUCAGUUAAUACAGACUUGCCAAUAGCAACAGCUUCAGCGGAUGUGGCUGCAGAUAUUGCUAAGUAUACUAGUAAAAUGAUGGAUGCCAUAAAAGGAACAAUGACUGAAAUAUACAAUGACCUUUCAAAAAAUACAACUGGGAGCACAAUUGCCGAGAUUCGUCGUUUGAGAAUUGAAAUAGAGAAGCUUCAGUGGUUACAUCAGCAGGAACUCUCAGAAAUGAAACAUAAUCUGGAACUCACAAUGGCUGAAAUGCGGCAGAGUUUAGAACAGGAAAGGGAUCGCUUGAUUGCAGAAGUGAAGAAGCAACUGGAGCUGGAAAAGCAGCAAGCUGUGGAUGAAACCAAGAAGAAGCAGUGGUGUGCCAACUGCAAAAAAGAGGCCAUCUUCUAUUGUUGUUGGAACACCAGCUACUGUGACUACCCUUGCCAGCAAGCUCACUGGCCAGAACAUAUGAAGUCCUGCACGCAGUCAGCCACUGCAACACAGCAAGAAACAGAUACGGAAAUUAGUACAGAAACAUUAAAUAAAUCAUCCCAGCCUGCUUCCACUGCACAGCCUGCACCUACAGAAACAGCCAGUACUCCAAAAGAAAAAGAGGCAGCUAUUGAAAAGAGCAAGGAGAGUGUUACAAUAGCAACAGGUGUGACAAGCAGCCAGCCUAUAAAACUGGUCCAGGUACCGCAGACCACCACCUAUAUACCAACUACUCAACCCACAAUUACCAUUCCUGUAGUAGUCAGCCCUACAGCUGGGACCGUGGCAAUGAGAACGGGAGUCCAGUAUGUUCAAACGACAAUGCCUGUCCAAGUACGGAGAGUCUAACUGCUAACAAAGGAAUCCAGGCAGCUGUUGGAAUAAAUAAUAAUCUCUGUAAUAGAAAUGUGAAAAGAAAAUCCCCACAGUUCAUUGGAUUAACCUCAAAGGUUCAGACUUCUUAGCUUUGUACAUGUGUACGAAGCAUUUAACUACACUACAUUAAUGUAAAGCAUUAGCGCUGGCUUUAAAAAGCUUGAGGACUGGUAAAAUCCAUGGUGAAUCUAUGCUUCUGUUGUAAAUGAUGUACAAUUUGUGGAUGAUGUUAGAGUGCCAUCUCCUUUUUAUAUUUGUAUUGACUUCAACGUAUAAGGAGUGUUGGAAGUUGGUGAAGGAAAGGUUAAAUCAGACUUGCCACAAAUGCCACCGAGAGAAAUGGUCUUCUGGGAACUGCAGUUGCACACACAAAUAAUUCUUCCUCUCUAGGAUUUCAGGAAGAGAAGACUGAACCACUUGGCUUGCCUUUGGAAGCAAAAACAAAUGCCUGCACAUAUUAUUGUGCAACUGAAGCUGGGCCAUUUUAAAUUUGUUAAAUUAAGAAUUUCCAGUCUUUGGGCCUCAAGUACAUUAAAGGGCAUAUUUUGUGUUGCGUAUUUAAAAUGAGAGAGAUUGUUUACAAAAAAAAAGGGUUUUAAAUUUCAUUCAUGCUAAGAGAAGGAAAGUAGGAAGCUUAAUAGUAGUUGGUAAUACACUGAUGGAUAAUUCCGGAGAGGACACGUGAAUUUUCUGGAGCUAUGCUUCCCACUGGGUUACGUUUCAGCUGUGUUGGGGUCUUUUAAGAUAUUUCUAUAUAGAUAUAUCUGAAAUGCUUUUCAAAGGGAACAAGAGCUAGAGGUGGAGAGGACUCUUUACCAGGAAACAUGGGCAAAGGACAUUGACGCUGGGCUAGAGCAUGUAUUACGGAUUUUUUAUGUUUUUAUGUAAGCAUGAAACAGUACAGUAUGAGAGAGAAAGUAACCCAUGAAAACGCUGUCUGUUACACUUAUACUGUAGUACCAUUUUGUAUGUUGUGUAAACAAAAGCAUUGAACAAAGCAAGGUGAUGUAUGUAUAUGAGAAAAAUAAUUGUAUGAUAUCAUUCCAGUACAUUUUGUUGUACAUUUUAGUCAUAUUGAUUUUUCCCAUUGUUUAUAAAGGAUGCAGUUUGUACAGUCUCCAGCUAGUACACACAUUAGAGAAAAAGAAGAAAAAUUAGAAGGAAAAAAAACCAAGAGCAGAAUAUUUGUGAAUUGCAGUUGUGUCAAAGAUAGCCUAGCUGGCCUUAUUUGUGAAGCAUAAUUGCUUUUAGCAUAUGGAAGUAUUUUUUCACAUUUUCUUUGUAUAAAAUUUGUAUUAAACUAAAUAUCUUUUUUGA